UUUUGGGGGUCCCGGGGGGGGCCGGGGGCCGGUGCCCCCCCCGAGGAUGCCGCUGGCCGUGCAGUGGCCGUUCCCGGCGGAGCCGUCGCGGCGCUGGGCCCUGGCGAGCCGCGUGGUCACGGGCCUGGUGGGCACCUACAGCUGCGUGUGGACCCGGUACCUGAACCGGCUGCAGGUUCACAACGCCGAGGUGCUGCACGAGCUGGUGGAGAGGAGGGGGCCCGGGACCCCCCUGCUGACCCUGUCCAACCACGCCUCCUGCAUGGACGACCCCCACCUCUGGGGUACCUGGGGUCUGGGGACCGCCGGGAACCUGCCCAGGAUGCGCUGGACCCCCACGGCCGCUGACAUUUGUUUCACCCGGGAGCUGCACUCGCUCUUCUUCAGCCUGGGGCGCUGCGUGCCCGUGUGCCGCGGGGACGGCGUUUACCAGCGAGGGAUGGACUUCAUCCUGGAAAAGCUCAACCAGGGCGACUGGGUGCACGUGUUCCCCGAGGGUAAAGUGAACUUGGGCCAGGAGGUCGCUCGCUUUAAAUGGGGCAUCGGGCGGCUCCUGGCCGAGUGUCGCCGGGACCCCGUGAUCCUCCCGCUGUGGCACGGGGGGAUGAGCGAUGUCCUCCCCAACCAUCGGCCCUACGUGCCCCGGGUGGGGCAGCACAUCACGGUGGUCGUGGGGCGCCCGUUCAGCGCCCGGCCCCUCCUGGAGCGGCUGCGCAGCGAGGGGACCCCCACGGUGGAGCUCCGCAAGGCUCUGACCGAUUUUGUCCAGCGGGAAUUCGAGGCUCUGCGGGGCCACGCCCGGACCCUGCACCCCGCCCCAUAACUGGGGGUCCCCCUGCCCCACAACUGGGGGGUUCUGCCCCACAACUCGGGGUUGUGCCCCAUAGCAAGGCCCUCCUGCCCCAUAAACGGGGAUUUUACCCCAAAGCUGGGGGUCUUGCCCCAAAAUGGGGGGGUCCUACCCCAUAGCAGAGGGUCCCAGGUGGAGCCCCUGCCCCAUAGAGGGGGGUCCUGCCCCCUGAGACCCCAACUGUGCACGGUGCCAAUAAAAGAAGGUGGAACCUC